AUGUCUGUCGACAACGGCGAUCUCCGCUGCAAGAUGGACGAUGGGAUGGGGAGUGCUGGAGAAACCACCAAGAACGACCCAAAAGCCCACGUUGUGAAAUGGAAGCCGAAGAAGAGGAGCACGAUGACGACGGCGAAGGCGCUUGGGAGCGAUAUGAUGCGACGGCGAUGCGAUGCGAGCAAGCUGGCUGGCUGGCUGGCCGGCACUGGCCCAGCGGAAGGGGGGAACAACGGUAGAACGGGCGGAAAGGAGGCCAAGGAAACAUCAGGCAACUCACCGAGUUCACUCGAUUUGGCGCGACCGUCUCACGGUAACCCAGUCUCCCACAAAGACCAACAAAGCGGGAGGUUUCUCCGAUUCCGCUCUGUCUGCACAAACUCUCGCGAUGUCGCGUGUUUGAAUGGUGGUGGUGCUGCUGCUGCUGUCCGGCGCAACCACAAAACCACGAAGGGGGGGAGGGAAGAGAAGAAAAAGAAGGGUCUUCCUGAUGGUCGGUUCGCCGGGGGGGUGCGGAUGGAGGCUAGCUAA